AAUAGUCUCCGGCUUUUGUUCAUGUGCCUCGUGUCGUGUCGUAGGCGUCAUUGCUCUUUUUGUUGUAUUUUAAAACGUUUUUUAAUGAUUUUUGACCAUCGCCCUUCAAUCCUGCGUCCGUGUGUGUUCCUUUUUAAAGUGUCUCUUUUGAUUUAAAGAGUGAAAAGCACGUACACAUAUUUGUGUACUGUAGUAUUAUUCUGCGGUGGCAAAUUGUCUAGCUAGAUUCGCAAUGCCUCAAAAUCAACACGGACCACCCAGCUGGUCGACGAAGGAAAAAUUGGUGCUGGUUUCCUGCAUGCAGAAGUACAAUAUUCCUUUAUUGUCCCCGAACCUGACGCUGAUUUCGUCCUGUUUGCAAAGCUUCUUUGACAACGACCGCUCAUCCUCAAACACGCAAAGGGCAAAGGACAAGUUCAGUGAGAGAAAUUGCGCUGAACAUCUGAAAUUGUUGCUGAAAGAGUUGGGAGAAAGCAAAGCCAAAGAAAGAAACCGAGACACUCCGUUGCUUCAAUACAUGGUGGAUCAGCUGCGAGAGAAGAGAAUGGAAGAGAUCUUAACUGAAAUGGAGGCUGUGCGAAAAUCAUACAGGGCUUUGAAAGAGGAAGAAGUUGAUGAAAAAAGCUUGGCCAAAGAGGUUGAGACUGAAGAGGGCGAUGAAUUGAAAGUGGUUCUUGAGAAACGAGGAACGUGCAAGAAAUUUGGUGAAGAUUCCAUACUUGUGAAGGAAAAGGAAGUAGUGGAAAAUACAGUGGCCUUAGAAGAGGAACCAAAAGCCGUAGAAGUUGCUACUCGCAUCAAUUCCAUGAAUCCAGUCGUUAUACUUACUGACAUUUUUGCUUUUUCGAAAAAGCGCUCUGUAGCUCCAGUUCUCACCACACCAGACAAAGCUUCUAAGCACUCCUCAGAACUGGUACAGAUUAAGUCUGCGCCAAGCAUUCUUGUUAAGGGACAGUCAAUUCUUCUGCCAGUAUCUCCAACUUUCACAGAUGCCCAGCAAAAAACUCGUCCGCGUGCAAAGUCAACUUCUCCUGUCGCUCGAAAGAUUCCUAACAUCUUGAGGCAACGAAAUCCCAUCAAAUCAGUCAAGACUGACGAAAUUAUCAAAGUCAUGAAGGAGUCUCCAGAAGAUGCAAAACCAGUGGAACAUAAUGAAAAAACUCCAGUGGAAAAUUCUUCUCUUGUUGAGAAAAGUGGAGAUGCCACAGUUCCUCUUUCUCAAGCCUCAACAGUUCCUUGCUCGGACUCCAGCUACUCUGACGGUCUAUUGAAAAUUUCAGCAGAACUCUCAAAAUCUGAGGAUCAGGGCUUCAUCUUCUCUAGUGACAUUGCUGAUUAUGCCAUCGAAGAGAUUGUCGUAGAUUCUGUUGAAAUUCAGCUAGAUCCUUCCAUUGGACUGGGCAGUGAAAAGCUGUCAGUUUCACUCGACGAGACUUCGCAGGAAAUUGGACACAAUGACAACACAGAAGAUAACUCGGAUGAGGUCCUCGAGGAUCCUUUCAUGGGACUGAGCAGUGAAAAGCUGUCAGUUUCACUUGUAAAGGACGAGACUUCGGAGGCAAGUGGACACCAUGACAGCACUACAGAUAGCUCAUUGGAUGUGGUCGUCCUUGAGGGAAAGUCAAAUUUACUUUAUAAGCUUCUCUCUCAAAAUCCUUCCUCGGAAUCUGACCUACUUCAACCAACACCUCCAACUGAUUUUUCGUUGGAGGAAGCUGUGCUCCCAGCCACUCCUGACGUGAAGAGCGAAUUGACCAAGACACAGAGGAAGAUUUUGGCAAACAUGGUUGAACAGUUCAAGCUACACAAACACUCUUCUCUUUUCCUCAGGCCACCAAAUCCUAAAGCAAAUAACCAGUUAUACCUUGGCACAGUCAAAAGGACUAUGGACCUACACACUCUGAAGAGGAAAGUUGAUUUGGGAUGUAUUUCUUCGUUGGAGGAGUUCCAGAGAGACCUGCGGCUUAUUUUCAUGAACGCUGUCAUGUACUACCCUGUGGAAAGUGACAUUCCAGAAAAAGCCAUUGCCAUGGAGAGAGACUGCUUUGCCACUCUGAGCACCAACAUAGCAGCACAAUGGAACUCGGAGACCAAGAAAGUUUUCCGAAAUGGAGUACCAGAGGACAUGAAACACCUCAGCCACCUUCAUGAGAGCAGUGGGUCGCUUGCUCCAGCUUCGUCCACUAGAGGAAGACUUUCAGUUGAUCCUCAAAGCUUUUCUGAGGCCACAAGAAUACUCAAGCUUUGAUGAAUGGAAUUCUUAUUCUAGCAAGUAACUUUCUAAUUUAAUUUUCCAUUUAAUGGAGAAAUGAUUUAAACAACAAAGUUUUUGAUUAUCAGUGUUACUAAUUAAUGUUUGAAACCUAAAAUUGGGUACUUUUGCGGAGUAGCAAUACGAGAAACAUAAUUGAAUAGUUGAAAUUUAAACUUUUCCAAAUUUUUUGUUUGGAUUUAGAUGCGUUGAUCAGCAAUGUAUUGUACAAUGAUUUGACCUAAAAUUUAGAACAAACUUUACUCGCAAGGUUGCUCAUAUAAUAACUUCUUAUCUGUUGUGCGGAGCACUGAAAUCAACUUUGGAAGUAACUUGAAGCAUAACAUGUUAUGAUGAGUUUUUUUUCUUUUUAAUUUUCUGCUUAGUUGGUUUUUUUAUUGCCUGGUAAAAUUUUAUAAGUCAAAAGAAAGAAGAUUAGAACUUUCCCCACCAUUAUGGAUUAACUCAUUGAAAAAUAAUAAAAAAAAUGUGCUUUCUAACAAGCCUGUUUUAGGCCAUCAAUAAUCGCGUACUGAAAAAUAAUAUUUUUGAUAGAGAAAAUAGCUAAUAUUGUUUAUCCACUGUCAAUAGAAUUAAAAUUUCUAAAAUAUAUGUGGCCUGAACGAAUGAAACAUUUUAUUCCGCUAAAUCUUA